UACCAUUCUGAUAAUGCAAUGAACAUUCACAGCCCAACGCAAGAAUUUAGGUUUCCAAAAACAGCAAAGUUGAACAUUUGAGAAUUCAAUUAAGAAAACCCCCAAAUUUGGAAACUAAAAUUCAUUGACUUUCUGCUGGGUGUCUUCAAUCUUCGUCACCAUUCACUAACCCACUUUAAUUUAGGGUUUUUGCACCCCCGUACAACCUGAAAACAAGCAUAUACAUACGUAUAUACGCAUAUACGUAGUUCUUUGAGGUCUUCGAGCUUCGGAAAGUGAAUGGGUCGGUCUCGCGGAAAUUUUCACGCGGAAGAAGAUCCCAGUCAAAGAUCAAGGAGGAAAAAGAAUGCCUCGAAUGGAGAAAAUUUAGAUUACAUUACAGCUGGCCAAGGGUCAGGUGAAGGCAAACCAGCUUCAUACCACUGCAACUAUUGCAACAAAGAUAUUACUGGGAGAAUCCGUAUCAAAUGUGCAGUGUGUUCUGAUUUUGACCUAUGCAUAGAGUGCUUCUCAGUCGGUGCUGAAGUGCAACCUCACAAAAGCAAUCAUCCUUAUAGGGUUAUGGAUAUCUUAUCUUUUCCCCUUAUAUGUCCAGACUGGAAUGCUGAUGAAGAAAUGUUACUUUUAGAGGGUAUUGAAAUGUAUGGCAUUGGUAAGUGGGCAGAAGUUGGCGAGCAUGUUGGGACAAAAACCAAAGAUGCAUGCAUUGAACACUAUAGGAGUGCGUACUUGAACUCCCCCUACUUUCCUCUGCCGGAUAUGACACAUGUUGUUGGGAGAAACAGGGAAGAGCUCCUUGCCAUGAGUAAAGACAAUGGUGAAGAUAAGAAAGGAUUCUUUUCACUUGGCGAACUAGCACGGAAGAAUGAAUCGCCAUUCUCCCCAUCAAGAGUAAAAGUUGAAGACUCGAACAGAAGUGGAUCCUCAGGCCGUUUGACUUCAGCAUCCAAUACUGGAACAACAGGCAUUAAGAAGCCAUCAAAGAAGGUCUUAGCCAAGGACCAAACUGACUCAGUAAAGUUGGAAGAUAAUGUAUCAGCUCUGAAUUUUGGAAGCAAAAAGCCUAAGUUAUCAAAGGAUGAGGGCCCAUCACUAAUGGAAAUAAGUGGAUAUAAUCAAAAAAGGCAUGAGUUUGACCCAGAGUAUGAUAAUGAUGCUGAGCUACUAUUGGCUGACAUGGAAUUUAAAGACGCUGACACUGAAGAGGAGCGAGAACUGAAGUUGCGAGUUCUGCGUAUCUAUUCAAAGAGGCUUGAUGAGAGAAAACGUAGAAAAGAUUUCAUAAUAGGAAGGAAUUUGCUCUAUCCAACUGAAUUUGAGAAGACUUUAUCUCAAGAAGAGAAGGAUUUAUGGCGACGCUAUGAUGCCUUCAUGCGUUUUCAUUCCAGGGAAGAGCAUGAAGAACUACUUAAGGCUAUAAUCUUAGAGCAUAGAACUGUGAAAAGAAUAAAAGAACUCAAGGAAGCUAGAGCUGCUGGGUGUCGUUCAUCAGCAGAAGCAGAUAGAUACUUUGAACAGAAAAGAAAGAGGGAAGUUGAAGAAAAUGGUCCCAAAAAGGAAAAUUAUCAUGCUGGUCCAAGCAUCCAGGACAGUCUGAGUUCACUUGGAACACAUUCAAACAAACGAAGCUCUAGCUUGGCCAACUUGAGUUCUCUUACUGAUUUGGAAUUUGCAGCACAUUCUGCCAUAGAGCUCUUGUCUGAACCUGAGAAACAACUAUGUCGUGACAUUAGGAUGCCGCCACCACAUUAUCUUAAGAUGCUGGAAUUGAUGACAGUACACAUAUACAGUGGAGACAUCACCAAAAAGUCUGAUGCUUAUACCUUCUUCCAAAUCGAAACAACAAAAGUGGAUAGAGUCUAUGACAUGCUUCUGAAGAAGGGUAUUGCUCCAUUGUGAAAACGUGUCUACACAAGUUUUUCAUUCGUAGAUUAUCUAUUCUUUAACGGCUUGAUGGAGCGGGGGUGUUUUAGGGGUACACAUUUUGUGCAUAAUUCAUCUUUCCACAUCAGGCCUACACCAUCAGGAUCCUCUGAUAGUGUAUUGUUGUAUAACCAACCAUAAAUUUGUAAUUUUAAACUUAGUUUUGUCCAAUUUCCUUGUGUUUCCAAUUGAUACAUAUGAUUUGAGAGGCUGCUGAGCUGUGUGCUAGUAGUGUCAGUUCCCAGCAAAUGCAAUGAUAUACUCAUGCAUGGUUUCCUCA